UCGAUUUUGAAGCAGAAUCCCCUCUAACCGUAUGUCCGUAUGUAUGGAGAUUGGAGAUCAUCCAAUAGAGUUUAAAAGUCAAAUACCCUCCAAACUUGAUUCUAAAAUGUCAGGAAACAGUCGUUGAUACGACUUCCAAGUUGAUACCAAACCUUGUUCAAACAAACCCAAUCAAAGUUCUGUUGAAGGGAGUAAUUAAAUUAAUGGGUACGCCGGCAAUCCCAAAUUUGGGGAAACAAUGCUCCGUCGGGGAUUGUAAGCUCAUCGAUUUUCUUCCCUUCACCUGCGAUUCUUGCAAUAAGGUUUUUUGUUUAGAACAUCGGGGUUACAGCACACAUCAAUGUCCCAAUGCCAGUAAGAACGAUGUCACUGUUGUCGUAUGCCCACUCUGCGCGAAGGGGGUUCAUCUAAUCCCUGAUCAAGACCCGAACAUUACAUGGGAAUCACAUGUCAAUACAGAUUGUGACCCAUCAAACUACGCCAAAGUCACCAACAAAAAGAAAUGCCCUGUUCGCGGUUGUAAAGAAACCUUAACAUUCUCAAAUACAAUCAAAUGUCGAGACUGCACCAUUGAUCACUGCCUCAAACACAGGUUUGGACCCGACCACAGCUGUCCUGGUCCUAAAAAACCCGAACCUUCUUUCCCGUUUUGGCGGGUCAAACAAGACCCACCACCAAAACGUGGGACCCAUGUACCGGGGCCCAUAUCAUCAUCAUCUUCUUCAUCGUCAAAAUGGGCUACAAAUUUUUUCAAGGCGGCGUCAUCUGUUAAGGCAUCAGCUGAAGCUGGAAUAGCGAAACUGAGUGGUCCGAGCCGUGGUCAGGGUGGGACCACCAGGACGAGCACGAGCACAGGCACGAGCAAUGGUGGUCAAGUGGAGGUGUGUCCGACUUGUAAUGUGAAGUUUUCUAAGAUUGGAGAUUUGAUAGAUCACGUGGAGAAAGUUCAUGAGAAGAACGGUGUGAUGAAAGCGACGUUAGAUGUGUGCCCGAAAUGUAGCAAAGGGUUUCGAGACCCGGUCUCGCUUGUGGAGCAUGUCGAAAGAGAACAUCGUGGUACUUUUAAAGCUUAGACUCUUAGAGGGUUUCAUGUAAGUUUGAUUGUUAUGCACUACAUUUUUUGAAAAUGUUUUAGACUGAUCAAUUACACACCUUUUUUUUUAUGAAACAAGUCACAUUUUCAUGUUGACUUAUUUUUGACCCAGUUCUGUUUUGACUUAAGUUGGAGGUGUGUUUUGUGUUGACCUUUUUUUCUUACAUAUGGCCACAUGUAAAUAUGUAACGCUCUUGAUUUUGGUUA